CAGCCAUAGCAUCCGCAGUUGCUCGCCUCCACCGCACGCAAUGCCUACUCUCCCUCGCAUCCUCCUUCACUGCGUCCUCGUCCAGCGGGGCCAUGAUCUUUCUCCCCACCCACCGCCGUGCCAUGAUGUCCGCCCUCUCUAGCGACGACCCGCCGACAACAACAUCCGCCGACCGAAACAUCCGCCGACCGAAACAUCCGCUGACCGAAACAUCCACCGACCACAACAUCCCUACCGUCCAAGCCGCUGGGACAGACACCCCCUGUGGUCAUUCCCAUCUAGAAGCCGAAGCCGAAAGAGCCGUCGACGAACUCGCUCUCCCCCGACGCGACGUCGUCGCAAGCAGCAGCGCGCCCGCCGCCCGCCCUGAAGGCCGAACGGCGCAAGCCCACCGUGAAGCCGACCGAAGCUGUCCUGCGCAGCCCCGGACCGCUCCACCCACGAGUCACGACCUGUACGCUGGCAGGCCGACGGCGUGCGGUGCAGAUACCCGGCGCUGCGCAGCGGCUCCGCGCACUGUUCAAGGGCCCACGCCUCAGCUCAUACGGAUAAACGGGCGAUGCCAGGGCUGCGCCAGGUAUUCGUACCACCUCGAGUACGUCGACAAGCCGGGCAAGUUCAACGAGGUCGUCGAGCAGGACGGCGUGAAGGUCCUCAUCGACAGCAAGGCGCGCUUCUCCAUCAUCGGCAGCGAGAUGGACUGGUACGUGAACGCGCUCAGCGCGAAGUUCGUGGUCAAGAACCCGAACAACAAGGUGCGGAGAGUCGUUCAGCGUCGGCUCGUGAGCCCCGCGUGCUGAGCCUGAGGUAUACGCUUAGAGGCUACCGCGUUCUCUAUAUCACCCCGGGUG